AUGCUGUCUGUGGCAACAUCCAUUUUUGGCCUCUUGGCUACAGUGCCGCUGGCUGCAGCGGGCUCAUCACCAAAUGUCCUCUACAAAGACGUUGUGGUUGUGGGUGGCGGUGCCUCUGGUGCCUACGCUGCCGUUCGUAUCCGGGACGACUUUGGCAAGAGCAUCGCUCUCAUUGAGAAGCAGGAUAUCUUGGGUGGCAUGGUCGACUCGUACACGGAUCCCAAGACCGGCAAGCCUUAUAACUUUGGUGUAAUGACCUUCCUCGAUGCUGGGAACGCGACAGGCUUCUUCGAUCGUUUCGGCAUUGAGGUUGGAAGUCCAUCAUUACUCAGCGUCAACACGGACUACAUCGACUUCAAGACCGGAAAUCCAGUUAACUUCACGCUACCUCCCAUGGCGGACCAGAUGGCGGCCAUGGCCAAAUUCCUCAAGAUUGUGGAGCCAUGGGAACACCUUAUGCAGCCCGGGUACGGUAACUUCCCUGAGCCAGACGCAAUCCCGGAGGACCUUCUCAUCCCCUACGGCGACUUUAUCACCAAGUAUGGCCUGGAAGCCGCCGUCCCUCUGAUGUACGAAUCUACCGGUUUAGGGCUGGGCGACAUGACCAAGGAAACUACCAUGUUCGUGCUGCAGGGUUUCGGUGCCUCUAUGGCGCGUGCAAUGGUGGGCAAGCAGAACCAACUCGCGCCUGCAUCGGGUCGGAACCAGGACCUGUACGAUGCCGUCGCGGAGGAUCUCGCCGGCGACGUAUUGUAUUCUAGCACAGUAAUCGAGAGCCACCGCAGUAACUCCAGUGUCAUCCUCACAGUCAAGAACAACAAGACGGGUGAAACCACCCAGAUCCACGCUCGGCGACUUCUACUGGCGAUCGAGCCUACCGCGGCUAACAUGGCUCCGUUCGACCUGGACCGUAAUGAGAAGAACGUCCUCUCCAGAUUCACCUACACCAAUGAAUACACCGGUAUUGUGAACAACGCCGCCUUUGCAUUCAACCAAUCCUAUUUCAACCUGCCCCGGACAGCCGCGCCGGACAACUACCUCGCCCUGCCCGAAGCGUCUUUCACAGCUCGCAUUGACUACAUCGGCGGCGGCGACCUCUUCAGGGUGACCAUUGUCGGUAACAGCACGCUCGACACAGCCGGUGCCAAGAGACUCGUCCAGAACGACUUCAACACACUGCUGCGUUCGGGCCGUUUGGCGAAGACAAGCAACGGGGAGCCGCUCAGCUGGGUGGACUUUGCGACCCACGGUCCCAUGCAUGCCCGUGUUUCUGUCGCCGAUGUCAAGGCCGGCUUCUUCCAGAAGCUGAACGCUUUGCAGGGUGGUCGGUCAACCUGGUGGACUGGCGGUGCUUUCUCGGUUAACUUCCAGACAACGUUGUGGGAGUUUGACGAGCUCCUUUUCCCGGAACUUCUUAAGGGGCUGAACUAG